AUUAAAAUCGAGAAAUCGCUUGACCAAUCAGAUUUCUUCGUUGGAACCACCGCUGUCACCGCAGCCAAUCGGGUAUCGGGAAACAGAGCUCGGGCUCAACAGCUUGUUGUUCGUGAAUCGCUUUGCAGCCCGAGAGAGGGGAAGCAGUCGCGGCCGUAUAUUGAUCCACAGUCCUUCGAGCUGGACUCCCUCAAAUAGCCGUAAAGAUGAAGGCAGCAGACGAGCCUGCCUACCUGACAGUGGGGACAGAUGUCAGCGCCAAGUACAGAGGAGCCUUCUGCGAGGCCAAGAUCAAGACUGUGAAACGCAUGGUGAAGGUCAAGGUGACCCUGAAAGGUGAGAGUACGUCCCAGGUGGUGCAGGACGACCAGGUUAAAGGACCUUUGAGGGUGGGCUCCACUGUGGAGGUGAAGACUAACGAGGGUUUAUCCAGCGAGGCCGUCAUCAGUAAACUGACAGACGCCAGUCUCUACACUGUGGUGUUUGAUGAUGGAGAUGAGAAGACUCUCCGUCGUACGUCUCUGUGCCUGAAGGGAGAGAGACAUUUUGCAGAGAGCGAGACGUUGGACCAGCUGCCAUUGACAAACCCGGAGCAUUUCGGGACUCCAGUCAUCGGCAAGAAGUCGAACCGGGGUGGACGGCGUUCGUCCCAGGCUGUGGCUGACGAGGAGAACGAGUCUUCAUCCAGUGAGGAUGAGGAGGAGGACAGGAGGAGGCUGAACGACGAGCUGCUGGGGACAGUGUGCAGCAUCGAGAACGAGGAGGAGCCCAGCAGCUGGUACCUGGCUCUGGUGGUGUCUCCGAGCUGCAACGAUGAGCUGGUGGUGAAGAAGGAUCAGUGUCUGGUCAGGUCAUUCUGCGACUCCAAGUUUCACACGGUGGCGAGGAGACACGUCCACCCCGUCACCUCCAUCAGCAUCGCCAAGUCUGACUACUCCAACAGGAGAGGUUUGGAAGCAGCCCAGGGCUUCAUGAGGAGCAGGGAGGUUCCAGAUGUGUGGAAGAUGGACAUGAGUCAGAUCCUGGACUCGUCCUCCAGCGAUGAGGACGAUGAAGAGGAGAAGGAGAGCGAGGAGGAGGAGGAGGACGAAGACGAGAAGAAAAAGAAGAAACACAUAAAGGAGGAGCCGGAGGAGGAGCCAGACCCAGAGGAGAGAGACCACUUCCUGCAGCAGCUCUACAAGUUCAUGGAGGACAGAGGGACUCCCAUCAACAAACCUCCAGUGCUGGGUUAUAAAGACCUGAACCUCUUCAAACUCUUCAGACUGGUCUAUCACCUGGGAGGCUGCCACAAGAUUGAGUCUGGGACCGUGUGGAAGCAGGUCUACAUGGAUCUGGGGAUCCCUGUCCUGAACUCUGCUGCGUCCUAUAACGUCAAGACCGCCUACAGGAAGUACCUGUACGGCUUCGAGGAGUACUGCCGCUCCGCCUCCAUCACCUUCAGGACCAUCCAUCACAACGACCCCCGCCCUCCCACUGCCACACCGACCAAUCAGAAGACAGCGACGGGGGCGGAACUUAAAGAGCCCUCCACGCCACCGGUGAAGGCGGAGCCUGUCGAUGACAAGAGAGAGGAGGCGGAGUCAGAGAGCGAGAGCGAGAAGGAGGAGGUGAAGGAGAGACAGUCGUCACCGAGGGGGAGGAGGAGGUGUGUGAAGCCAGACAGAGACUCGUCCUCCAGACCAGAGAAGAGAGGAGGAGGAGAGAACAGUGACGAGCAGAGGGAGGUGAGGAGACGCAGCAACAGAAGAAUGGACGACUCGGAGAAAGGCUCUGAGGAGGAGGAGGAGGAUGACGAUGAUGAAGAGGAGGAGGAGGCAGAGAGGAGGAGAGGAGACAGGAGCGAGGACGAGGAGGACGGAGACUCUGUGACGGGGACGAAGGUCAGGGUGAAGUACGGCAGAGGGAAGACCCAGAAGAUCUACGAGGCUCACAUCAAGAAGACAGACAUCGACAACGGAGAACAGUUCUACCUGGUUCACUACUACGGCUGGAACGUCAGGUACGAUGAGUGGGUGAAGGCCGACAGGAUCAUCUGGCCUGUGGAGAAGGGAACAAAGAAGAGACAGAGGAAGAAGGUGAAGCAGAACAAAGAUGAGGGAGAGAAAGACGAAGAGAAGCCCGCGGUGGCGAAGCCGACGGGAGCGAAGCGAGGUCGACCUCAGAUCAGAACCACGCCCACCGGCUCGGCCGGACGCAGCGUCUCCAAAACACCGAGCAACGAGGGGCGGUCCAACGGCAGGAGCAGCAGGACGGAGACGACGCCCAACAUGGCCAAUGGAGACAACACUCCUCGCAGGAGAACCAGGAGAACGUCGGGGAUGUACGACUCAGACCGAGCGUCCAUCGAGGAUUCUGGGAACUCAUCAGACGACAGCGAAUCAGAGGACCCGCCUGAUAAGAAGCCAUCACCGUGGCGAGGGAGGACCGAGGCCCCUCCCUGCCAGGAGGAGGAGGAGGAGGAGGAGGAGGAGGAGCAGGAGGAGGUGAGGGAGGAGGAGACGAGAGAGGUCGCCAACAUCACGACGCCUGCUAGCAACAAUGGCACUGUUGCCACGGCAACGGCAAGUCAGCUGCCUGCUGCCACCGCCGCACCGCCGUGUCCCAGCAUGCCUCAGGAGAAAGUAGACAAAGUGCUGAGCCAAUCAGAGAAGGAGGAGGCGGAGCAGAGGGAGGAGCCUGCAGAGGCCACUGUGUUGCCGGGUCACCUGGACAAGGAGAACAAGACGUCAUUGGUUCAGAAGACGACGUCUCCUGGACAGGAAGUGGUCACCAAGACGUCUCCCAGCACAACGUCACCGUCCCCUGACAAGAUCAACAAGGCGUCUCCUGCCGCCGCCGCGGACAAACACAAGACGUCUCCGGAGAAACAGCAGCAGGUGUCCUCCCCUCUACCUGCUACAGAGGAGGAGGACAGGUGCACUCCUCUGUCCUCCCCCAGGGUCAAAGGUCGCAGGGCCAACUUCAGGGAGACAGGCUCUGAAACUCCUCCCAGAAUCCCCCUCUGUACUCCCAGCCCCACCCCCACCUCUGCCGCCAGCCCCUCCCACUCCGCGGCGCUGUCGUCUCCUCCCCGCGGCGUCACAAAGAGACAGGAGGAGCCCAUGGUGGUCCUCCGCUGCCUCCCGUCCGAGCACCUCCCCCUCGACUCUCCCGCGGCGGACUCUGACACCGACUCUGCCACCGAGGAGGAGGAGGAGGCGGGGUCAGCGGACGAGAGGAGCAGCGUGGCGCUCAAGCGUAAAGCGGCAGAGCAGAGAGCAGCAGACAAGAAGCUCCGCCCCGACAGGAGGCAGGAGGAGGCCGCCUCCCCCAAAACUCCCGCAGCGGCCGGAGCCUCACCCAGAACCCUCCCCUCUCCGCUCCGCCCGGAGAGGAGGAGCGAGGGGCCGAUGAAGACGGAGGAGCGGCCCCGUCCGGCUGAGGAGACCCAGAGGGAGGUGUCGGAGGAGCGUCUGUCAGGCGGAGCCACCAAGGAGCCGGAGGUGCACGCCGGGAUUCCUCCCUUCGCUCCGGAGGCGCCGGGCUCCUCCCCCGCCGAGGAGCUGGAGCCGCAGAUCGGCCCCGAGGCGCUGGUCUGCCACGAGGUGGACCUCGAUGACCCCGACGAGAAGGAGAAGCCCGUCUCCUCAGAGCACCUCCUCCUCAUGAUGAGGGAGCAGCAACAAGCUCCGCCCCCGCUGCCUCACCUCCUCCACACCCCUCACCUCCCCCAGCCUCAGGUCAGGCCCUUCCUCCCGGCCGCCGCUCCCAGCUCCGCCCCCUGCCCCGAGGAGCUCCGCCCGGCCAGGAGCGCCGCCGAGGACGAGAGGGGAGCAGCGAGGGGGGAGCAGGAGGGAGACUCCAGUCCUGGGUUUGACGGCAGCGCCUCCUCCUCCUCCACCUCCCUGCUGUCUCUGCAGGAGAACAAGGACAGAGGUCAGAAGAGGGUGAUGGACGGUCACCCCAGCCCGUCGGCCAAGAAACAGAAACGCAACCAGAAACGACCAAACACACCUGGGAAGGUGGAGAAGAACGGAGCAGGUCACAGCAGUGACAGUGAGGACCAGUCUCGUCUGUCGUCUCUGUCCAAGUCUCAGAAGUCUCGUUGUCCUGGUUUGUCGUCUCCGUCUUCUCACAGUAAAGACAAACAGAGCUUCCCCUCCCCUCAGCGCACGUACAAGUGGACCUUCCAGCUCGAUGAGUUGGACAGCAUGUCGAGCACAGAGAGGAUCUCCUUCCUGCAGGAGAAGCUGCAGGAGAUCAGGAAGUACUACAUGACCCUGAAGUCAGAGGUUGCGUCCAUCGACAGACGCAGGAAGAGGCUAAAAAAGAAGGAGAGAGAAGUGUCGAACACGACGGCGUCGACCUCCUCUGGCUCCUCAGACACAGGUAUGAGUCCAUCCUCGGCCUCGCCCACUCAGAACACCGUCGCUGUGGAGUGCAGGUGAUGACACGCCCACCCAGGUCCCGCCCACUCACCUCCCACUCCUCCUCCUGCUCAGCCACGCCCCCCCCGGACACAGACUCCGCCCACUCAGCCAGCUCUGCAGGCAUGAUGGGGAAAAAAAUAAAAACCCUCCCUUCAGGUGAGAGUUCAUUGACCGAGGCAGUGGCUGAUGGCAGGGGGCGCUCCCGCCUAACUUUAGCCCCGCCCCCUCACCUCUGGACUUACUUCCUGUUCAAGGAGACGGACCUGACAGAACAAUCAGUUCAGUCUGUUGAGCUGCCACAGAGCACUUCUUCCUUCCUUCCUUCCUUCCUUCCUUCCUUCCUCCCUCCCUCCAGUGCAUCCUCAGUACUUCUGCUCAGCGUUUCCUAAUUUCAAAAUAAUGUGACAGCUUUUUUUUUUUUUAAGUUUAUUUUUUUAUUUUUGUGUGGGGGUGGGGGUUGAACACAGAGAGGAAACAGAUUCCUGAAGCAGCACAGCUCAUUAUGCAAAUUAUUUUCUUUCUUUUUCUGAAUUUUUUAAGAAAACUGAAAAUAUUAUUUAUAUUAAAAAGAGAAAAAAAAAAGUUUCCCGACUUCCUGCUGUGAGUGUUUUUGGUCUUUUUAUAUGAAAUCAGAGCUUUUAUUUUGGUAAAAACAAACAAAAAAAUUCCAAAAAGUUUCUGACGUCACAGCGAGAGAGAAAAUGUUUGUAGAGAUGAACUUUUUUUUGUGUAAAAUAAUUUAAAUGAAGCUUCAGAUUUUUCUUUUUUUAAUGUGUGUGUGUGUGUGUGUGUGUGUUGGGUUUAGAUCGUUAGUGCCAGAGGAAAAAAAACACAUGAAAUGUAGAAAUGCUAAAGAUCAAAAUAGUUUUCACUUGUUUAUAAUUUUGACGUUGUGUCUAAUGUUUGAUUUGUCGUUCAUAUGGUUUGUGAUUUACAGUCUGAUAAUUGUGACUCUAAAUGUAAGUACUUCUUAUAAAGUCAUAAUUAUGAUUCAGUAAAUUGAAGUUAUGACAUAAACUCAGUUUGACUCGUAAACUCAGGAAAUCUUGUUAAUUUGACUCGUUUAUCUUAUUUUGAUUUUUUUGUCCCGUAAUUCUGACACAGUUGAAGUUAUUGUUUUGACCUGAUAACUCUUGAUUCUGACUCAGAAGUUUUAAUUUCAUUUUACGAUCUAAUAGUUUACCUAGUGCGAUGAAAUGACUUUUUAUUUCAGAAUUUUGAUCUGAAAUGUCUAAUUUUUUUUUCCUCAUUUAACAAAUCAUAAGUUUAUCUGAUUUGGUAUCAUAAAUUUGAUUUAAAGUUAUUUAGAGUUUGGACUUAAAUUCAACCUAAUUUAUAUGUUUGACUUAUUUUUGCUGAGUCAUAAAUUAUUAUGUCAUAAAGUCAUGAUUUGGUGUCUAGUCGUCUGGAUUUAGUAUUUUAGACUUCCAUCAGUUAUUUCUAAUUUUCAUCAUUUCUAACAUUUCAUCAAGUUAUUUGUUUUUUUCUUCUGGCGGAGUUGAUCUUCCGUAUGUUGGGUCUCUGAGUUCAGUACUGAGGCUGCUCCUGGAGGAUUUCUGCUGCACUCCUCCUCCUCCUCCUCCUCCUCCUCUUCUUCUUCUCUGGUUUUUCCUCUGUGUUUCUGCUCGAACAGACGUCUGAUUUCAGCUCCUGAACAUUUCUUUGUUUUGUACAUAAAAAGCUCUGAGUAAAGAAAAGAAUAAAACCACACCAUGUAUUUGAGAACUACAUUUUACACGCCUGUAAAGAAUGAUUUAUAAUAUUUUUUAAGAGAAGACUGUUUGUACUGUUGUAUUAUGAACUCCUCAGUUGUUGUUUUUUUUUUCUAUGUGGUGUUUUGCUAGCGGCGGUUUAGAGAGCGGCGACUGUAAAUACAGAAACACACACUUCCUCCGGAGAACAGAAGCUAAGCCAUGCUGGAACUGUGUGCACAAUAAGCAGAGCUCUCUGUUUCUAAUAAAGUUUUUAAAUAUG